AUGGGCAGACGGCGCGGCCACGUAGAGGCCCCGCCGCGGGGCCACGGCCACCUGGGCAGGCCCGGGCACAGUGUACGCCGCGGUGUAUUCCAGAAUGGCUGUGUAGCAGGCAUCUCUGAACGCAUGGGUCUUCAGAGUGAGUGUGCGCGGGGCCCCGGGACCCGCCGGGGGGAGGGCAUGAAAGCACGCUGGCCCCUCCUCCGGCUCCAUGCAGGACCCGGAGCUCUGCAAGGACGAGGGUCAAUGCCCGUGUCCACGGUGGACGAACCCGGAAGCAUCAUUGGGAGGGACCAGGGCCUCGAAAGCUGGGAAGACGGGGAAGGCAAAGACUUGCCGGGAGAGACUGAGGUGAAGCAGGGGCUUCAGCCCCGUCGACUCCUGGUGGAGUCCGGGCGGAGCCAGCGUGAACUCCGGGGACGUCAGAAGUCCUUCUAUCAGAGAAACGUUUAUCUGUGGCCGUGUGUGCGGGCCACGGGCGGUGGGCGGUCCCUCCCGGGUGGUACCCCCAGGCUGGCCGCCUCCAGCCCCCACCUGCCGUCCCAGCCUCCAGCUCCGUCCCAGCCUCCAGCUCCAUCCCAGCCUCCAGCUCCGUCCCAGCCUCCAGCUCUGUCCCAGCCUCCAGCUCCGUCUCAGCCUCCAGCUCCGUCCCAGCCUCCAGCUCCAGCUCUGUCCCAGCCUCCAGCUCUGUCCCAGCCUCCAGCUCCAUCCCAGCCUCCAGCUCCAUCUCAGCCUCCAGCUCCAUCCCAGCCUCCACUGCCCUGGCCCAGACACUUAGCCCCUGGCACCCUGGCCAGCACGGACAGGGUUGUGGCAGCUGAGAGACACGGGGCCUCUGCCCCCGCCUGCCCAUCCCACCUGAGAUUGGGGGGAAAGCCAGGCCGCAUCCCAGGGGAGAGCUGGCUGGGAAUGGUCCUGGGCACCUGGCCCUGCGGCUCACCCGGACGGUUCCGAGGAGGCGGCUCCGGCAGAGCCCCCGGUGCCGGCCAGACACACGUGGGCAGAUUCGAGGCCCACAAAGGUGGCCGCGUGGUUCGCACCAAUCCUUCCACCGAGGACAAGGGAAAAGCUGGGGCAAGCAAUGCCCGCCAACAGGCCAGCCACCACAGCAGAGAGCGGACAGCACCAAAGCAAUGCCCGCCAACAGGCCAGCCACCACAGCGGAGAGCGGACAGCACCGAAGCAAUGCCCGCCAACAGGCCAGCCACCACAGCGGAGAGUGGACAGCACCGAAGCAAUGCCCACCAACAGGCCAGCCACCACAGCGGAGAGCGGACAGCACCGAAGCAAUGCCCACCAACAGGCCAGCCACCACAGCGGAGAGUGGACAGCACCGAAGCAAUGCCCACCAACAGGCCAGCCACCACAGCGGAGAGCGGACAGCACCGAAGCAAUGCCCACCAACAGGCCAGCCACCACAGCGGAGAGCGGACAGCACCGAAGCAAUGCCCACCAAAAGGCCAGCCACCACAGUGGAGAGCAGACAGCACCGAAGGCUCCCAGGGCACUGUCCGCAUGGUGCAGAGCUUCAGAGAGGAGAGUCCAGCACACACAGAAAGGAGAGUCUAG